AAAAACAGAUAAAACCAGUAGUGCGAAUACGUUGUGAACACAAAUUUAAUUUUAUCUCACUGAUAUCGAAAGUGGUUAUAUAUUGAAGGAAAAUUCAAAUGAAAAGUUCUUUGGCGACAAAAGGUUCAUUCCUCCAUUGAAUAACCUGAAAUAGAAAUAAAAUUGGGAAUCAAUUAGCGAUCGAAAUUGUGUAGAGCAGGAAAAGCCGACGAAUAAUAAAUAAAUUCGUGGACGGUAUAAAACGGUUGUAGCGUGCAAGAGGGUAAAGUGGACUACUUCUUUUUGAGCUGCCACAAAUCACGGGCUGCUACAAAAAUUUAGUUCAAUAUCCGAACAUUCUCAAAAAGAAGUAUAGAGAAUUGGAUAUCUUCAAAUCGCUAUGGCCAAUUCUACACCGCCCGUUCUGGAUCUAACGCAUGGAGUCUGCGUGCAUCGUGUGGAGAAAUUUCAACCGAAAAUGAGGAGAUGAUUGGUUGCGAUGGUUGCCAACGUUGGUACCAUGUCCGUUGUGUCGAGCCCGAUGCGAAAGAAAAAGACACAUGGUACUGUGCAGGAGAAUCAUGUCAACGGUUGAAGAGGAAGACAAAUCGCGCUAAAAAGCUGGUGAUGAAUCGGAUCACUCCAGCGUCAAAUCCGACUGUGAGCUUACUCUGGAAAAUAAGCUGAAAGCGAUGGAAGAGAAGCAAAAACGGAUGGAGCAAGAGCUGGAGAUGGAGAUGAAAAUUAAAAAGAAAGAGAUGGAAUUCAAACGAGCCAUCGAAAGGAAGCGGAUGCUGAUGGAGAAUCAGCUGCGCGAAGAGGAAGAAGAACAAAAUAGAAAGAUGCAGGAGGAUAUUCUGCGACAGCGGAAGAAGCAAUUGAAACGAAUGGAAAUGAGACAGCAGUCGUUUGAUCAUGAGAUGAAAGCUAUGGACGAAGCGAUGGCUCGGUUACAAAAAUUCACGGUUAAAGUAUCAACAACUAAACAGGUUGAUGCAGGUGAAGGAACAUCUGGGGAGCAGAAGAAAGUACCUAGCGCGAAGCUCGGGAAAUUAACGAAUGAAGAUUUGCUGAAAUUGGAAGCUGCUCAAGAUGGAAAUGUGGAUAAAAAUGGUGACAUUGAAAAUGAUUCCGAUGAUGAAUCAGAAGACGAAUCGGAGGAUACAUCCGAUAACAGUUCGGAGAAAAGUAAAGAAACGAAAAAGAGUGAAAUCACGAAGAACGUCGACCGGUUAAGCCAACACGGGCAGGGGCAGGUACGUGCCGCACCCACCAAAACACAGUUGGCAGCGAGAAGUGGAGUGAGUAAAAAGUUACCCAUGUUCUCAGGGAAGCCAGAAGACUGGCCGUUAUUUUACGGAAUGUACCAGGCAUCCACUGAGGCCUGUGGAUAUUCAGAUAUCGAGAAUCUUGUAAGGCUUCAAGAAUGUCUAAAAGGCCAAGCCCUUGAGAUGGUUCGCGGACAGCUUCAUCUACCGAAAUCAGUCCCGAGAGUUAUAGAAAAGCUGCGCCAGUUGUACGGUCGUCCGGAGCAAUUGCUGCAGAGUCAUCUGGAGAAGGUUCUGGAGAAGGAUUGGAACUGGCAAGCUAGCAACAUUCAUCCCUUUCGGAACGGCAGUAGAGCAGCUGUGCGAGCACCUGGAGGCAGCGGAACUCAAACAACAUUUGGUAAAUCCUUUGCUUAUUCAAGAUCUGGUCGAAAAGCUCCCGGACAACGACAAGCGUGAGUGGGUGCGCUUCAAGCGAGGAAAGAAAAAGGUUACGCUCAGGACGUUCACCGAUUUCCUUUCCGAAAUAGUCUCGGAAGCCUGCAAGGCGAAUGUCAAUAUGGAACUUACUUCAAAACCUUUCCACGAUAGUUGAACAGGAAAAAUCCAAGGUAAAUCGAAGGAAAAGGGAGCAGUAUUCAAUCACAGUGAAGCUGGUGGACAUCAGAGAAAUAUGAACCCAUGCAAAGUGUGUCAGCGUACAGAUCAUCGGUUGCGAUAUUGCCAAGAUUUCAAAGCCAUGGCAUACGUAGACUGGAUGAAAGUCGUGGAUCAUUGGAAGCUGUGCCACGUGUGUCUGAACGAACACGGAUCGGCGCAGUGUAAAUUUAAACUGCGGUGCAACGUCGGAGAAUGCAGACAGCCACACAAUUACCUUCUCCAUCCGAUCGACGGUGCAGUUGGUACUAGCGCGCACAUUUGGACGAACAACAUCACUCUGUUCCGAAUGAUCCCGGUUUGUCUCCAUUGUAAGGGAAGGUCUAUCACCAUCUUAGCGUUCUUGGAUGAAGGUGCUUCGGAAACCCUGAUAGAAAAGAGCUUGGCAGAUCGUUUGGGAGUUGUUGGAGUACACGAGAAGCUCACCAUAAAGUGGACGGCUGACAUCGCUAGAGAAGAGAAGGAUUCGAAACGAAUGAAUCUUUGGAUUUCAGCGGUUGGUGCAGACGAAAAACUGCUCUUGAAGACAGUUCGCACAGUCCAAAAAUUAUUGUUGCCUACACAAGUGUUAGACGCAGGGAACCUCGCGCGACAGUAUAAGCAUAUGCGGGGUCUGCCUAUUGCUUCAUACAAUGGACGACCGGAAAUGUUAAUCGGGCUAAAUAAUAUUCACUCAUUUGCCCCGCUUGAAGCAAAGAUCGGAGCAGUUGUGGAUCCGAUAGCUGUACGGUGCAAGCGAGAAAACAACGAAACGAAUCGGUGACCGUUUUGAAACUGGGUUGAUUUGGAUGACGGAUGAUCCACAAUUUCCGGAUAGUUAUCCCAUGGCUUUACGCAGAAUGAAGCAACUAGAGAGGAAGUUAGAGAAGAAUCCUGAACUCUAUGCAAAUGUUUGCAAGCAAAUCGACGAGUACCACGACAAAGGGUACGCCCAUAUUGCUACCCCGGAGGAACUCGACGCAAUUGUUUCCAAUAAGGUAUGGUAUCUCCCACUUAAUGUCGUACUAAACCUCAACAAACCAGGUAAGGUACGCCUCGUGUGGGACGCAGCAGCUACUGUACAAGGUGUCUCUCUAAAUUCACAAUUACUAAAAGGCCCUGAUAUGCUAGUAUCUUUGGUUCAUGUAAUCGGUGGGUUUCGGGAAUACCGAAUCGCCAUAGGCGGCGAUCUACGUGAAAUGUACCACCAGAUAAAGAUAAUUUCUCAAGAUCGGAGAUUUCAGCACUUCCUCUUCCGAAAAGACCCCAGCGAACCUCCCCGCGAAUAUAUUAUGGACGUUGCCACCUUUGGUUCGACAAGUUCCCCGUGUUCUGCACAAUACGUUAAAAACCUCAAUGAUCAAGAGUUCGCCAGACAGUAUCCCGAGGCAGCAGCGGCGAUUAUCACUCGUCAUCAUGAUUACUUCGACAGUGUCGACACCGUCGAAGAGGCAAUUAAACGCGCGAGGGAAGUCAAACUCAUCCAUCAGAAGGGAGGUUUCGAGAUCAGGAACUGGAUUUCCAUUUCAACAAAAGUACUCCAGAGCCUCGGUGAAAAGAAACAAGUUUCCGUUGUCCAUAUAACCGAAGACAAGGCGACAUCGCAUGAACGUGUUCUGGGUCUGAUUUGGGAUCCAGAACUAGAUGAAUUUUCUUUCUCCACUCAGCAUCGUCAAGAACAUCUUCCAUAUCUUCGCGGAGACAAACGCCCAUCGAAACGUGUCGUAUUAAGCUGCGUCAUGGGAUUCUUUGAUCCAUUGGGCUUACUCUCUCCAUUUACCGUCCACGGAAAAAUUAUAGUGCAACAUUUAUGGCGUAGUGGUUGCGACUGGGAUGAUGCGAUUAACGACGAAUGUUGGGGGAUGUGGAAACGCUGGAUUGCAGUAUUACCGCAAUUGGAUAAUAUCCGUAUACAACGUUGUUAUCUCGGAGAUUCCUUGUCCUCGUCAGUGGAAUCGGUCGAAGUCCACAUCUUUACUGAUGCCAGUGAACAUGCCUACGGUUGUGUGUCAUAAAUGGAGUUGUGCGCUGUAUUUUAGCCAUGUCUCGGUCAAAAGUGGCACCGUUGAAGCAUCAAUCUAUACCGCGACUGGAGUUGAUGGCAGCUGUUCUUGGGGCGCGGAUGAGCCGAAUAAUUAUAGACUCACAUUCACUGAAAAUUGAGCGAUGUGUACUGUGGACAGACUCACGCACCGUGUGGAGUUGGAUUCGAUCUGACCAACACAAAUAUAAACAAUUUGUGGCGUUUAGGAUCGGAGAGAUACUAGAACUUACACGAGCGACGGACUGGCGAUGGAUCCCAACGAAGCAAAAUAUAGCGGACAUCUUGACGAAAUGGUAUCAAAACAGCGAUAUGGAAAACGGGGGUGUAUGGUUUACUGGUGCACCGUUCUUGUACAAAUCCAAAGACCAAUGGCCGACUCUCGAUAUGCCGAUAGAAGUGACUAGCGAAGAAGCCAGAGGAAAUGUGUUAUUCCACGACAUUGUAGAUGGAGAGCGAUGCUCACGAUGGACGACUUUGCAAAGGGUGAUAGCAGGUUCAUCGACAAUUGCAAGCGAAAAGUUUUAGGGCUACCAGUAUUAACCUUGAAAGCAACGGAAAAUCAACAACGCCACAUUCUGGUACCGGUACUGUCGAUACAGCGUCCACUCGAGAGAGACGAGUUUCGAAGAGCACAGAUUGUUCUGUGGAAGCAAGCACAAUGCGACGGCUUCCCGGAUGAAAUGAGUACGUUCGCCCAGAAUCUUGACCAACAACCUGGUGAAGUUUCACCAAAGGUGGUGAAGAAAAGUAGCUGCCUCUACAAGCUGACCCCGAUUGUGGACAAAGAUGGCGUGCUUCGCAUGGACGGAAGGAUGGAAAUGUCGGAAGAUAUGCCGUUUGAUAAAAGGUUUCCGAUCGUUCUGCCACAAAAACACGCGAUGACGGAGAAGCUGAUUCAGUUCUACCAUGAAAAGUACGGACAUGCUAAUCGUGAAACUGUGAUGAACGAACUUCGGCAACGGUUCUGGAUCCCAAACGCUCGGACUGCCAUUCGCCAAGCAACUAACAAGUGUGUGUGUGGUGUAGGGUACAUCGAUGUCAGCCACGUAUCCCCAGAAUGGCGCCUCUUCCGGUGCAGCGCGUUACGCCCUAUCUGCGACCAUUUAGCUCUGUAGGUAUCGAUUAUCUAGGUCCGAUAGAAGUUACUGUGGGGCGAAGAAGAGAAAAAAGAUGGGUUGCGGUGUUCACCUGCUUGGCCGUACGAGCGGUACAUCUGGAAGUGGUGCCUAGUCUUUCAACACAAUCCUGCUUGAUGGCUAUCCGAAGAUUCUGUUGUAAGCGAGGAGUACCACAGGAAAUAUUCUCAGACAAUGGGACAUGCUUCGUGGGUGCUAACAACGUACUAAAGAAGAUAAAUAGCGACUGUCCAACCAGUAUUACAAGCGCUACCACAGCGUGGCACUUCAAUCCUCCGGCGGCGCCGCAUAUGGGCGGUAUCUGGGAGCCACCAUUUUCUUCGUGGGUUGGUAACUACUGCAGACUUGAUCGUUCAACCACUGAACGCAGCGCAAGCCUUACGAGUCACUUACAAACGUUCACAGUACCUAGCGAACCGAAUGUGGGAGAGAUGGAGCAAAGAAUAUUUACCAACGAUUAAUAGACGCACUAAGUGGUUCGAGGAACAGAAACCGUUGCAAGUGAAUGACUUGGUCUUCAUAGUAGACGGAAAAACACGGAAGAGCUGGAUUCGAGGGAUUGUGGAAGAGUUGCAUCCGGGAUCAGACGGAAGAGUAAGACAGGCGUUAGUGCGAACGGCUAGAGGUGUAUAUCGGCGACCUGUUGCAAACUUAGCGGUGUUGGAGGUCUGAUGGUAAAUCCGGAAUAUCCGGAUGCUACGGGCAGGGGAAUGUUAACACCGCAGGGCAGUAAACCAAACACAACAAUAUAUCCGUAAUUGGCGUACCUUAACCUGUUCGCUCUUGCUCCGUAUGUCAGUGAUAUGAAGGGAAAGUAAAUAAAAACAAAAAAAACAGAUAAAACCAGUAGUGCGAAUACGUUGUGAACACAAAUUUAAUUUUAUCAGUGAGAUAGUAUCGAAAAAGGGUAUAUAUUGAAGGAAAAUUCGAAUGAAAAGUUCUUUGGCGACAAAAGGUUCGUUCCUCCAUUGAAUAACCUGAAAUAGAAAUAAAAUUGGGAAUUAAUUAACGAUCGAAAUUGUGUAGAGCAGGAAAAGCCGACGAAUAAUAAAUAAAUUCGUGGAUGGUAUAAAACGGUUGUAGCGUGCAAGAGGGUAAAGUGGACUACUUCUUUUUGAGCUGCCACAAAUCACGGGCUGCUACAAAAAUUUAGUUCAAUAUCCGAACACCGAGCUGACAAUUGAAUUGAGCGGAACUACUUUUCUACAUCGAUUUCUCUACAGAAGAAGGUCGAAUUAACCCAGAUCCAGAUUCUUGGUUUUAAAGUCUGUGUUAGUGUUCGCGAUCGACAGCGCGAAAGAGGAACAACAAUUAAAUGAAGCAACUAUCCUUUUCCAUCCCUAUCCUUUUUUUAUCUGAUAGAAGUCUAUUCCCUCUUCCACUGUACACAUGUUCUGCAUUCGAGAAAAUUCGCUCUAAUGGCGCUGAAGUCGCUGGAAUAUAGUCUUUUCAGAACGAUUUCGUAGAGCCGAGGAUGGACAGAGAAAAGAAAGUCUCCAAAGCAAAAGGUUGCUUGUUCUUUGCAAAUGUG